AUGGCUGCCACUAAUUCUAAGGUGGCUGUUAUAAUUCCAUCUGAUGCCACAACCAAGAUGGCAGCUAAUGGAAAUGAAAGUGACAGUUUUAAUUUUACAAAUUCAGCCGCAUAUAACCCAUCUAUGCCCCCAGAGUUGGCAGCUGGUCUGCCUGCAUUGGCAGAGAUGCUCAUGAAUGCGUUACAGUCUCUAAGAAUUAAAAUACGCAAUGACCACAAGGAAGAUAUGGAUACAAUGUUUGGAUAUGUAGAAGAGUUAGCUAUUAAAACUAACAUCAUAAAGAAAAGGUUAUCAUUCACAUUCGGAUUUACAAGGUAAUGUGAAUCUACUUCAAAAACAAUUAAACCAAUUAAUUGAGAAAACAGCUGACGCUGAAGAUAGGAGUCAUUGGAAUAAUUUGUGGAUUAGGGGGAUCCCUGAGUCCGUGGAGCCUUCGGAAUUAAGGAAUUACUUUCAGAAUGUGCUAAAUACAGUCAAGUCGGAUAUCACAAAGUCAGAAUUUACUCUGGAUCCCAUCCACAGUUUACCAAAGCAGAAAACAAUACCAUCCUCGGCACCAAGGGAUGUCAUGGUUCGAAUUCACCCUUACCAUGUCAAAGAGGAAUUUUUAAACAAAGUUAGAGCAUCAGGUCUUCCCAAGGAGUUCAGUCAUCUACAAAUUUUCCAGGACUUCUCGGCUCAUACUAUGAAUCGUAGAAGCUAA